GUUUUUAAAUUGAAUUUGAGUUUUCCCUAGGUUUGGUGACCCACUGCCAAGAUGAUAGUGGAGUUGUUUACUACUUGCCCUGUUGCUCCUGAUUCCUUCGCUUUUUUGUGUUCAAAUCUAAAACACAAAGAAUGUACGAUCUAUUCCCUGGACCCAGAUCUUAUCCUAUAAUUGGCUCCCUGUUGGAAUUUAACUACCCAAAAGUUGAAGUGACAGAGACAUUGAAACAACUCUCCUACAAAUAUGGGCCAGUCUACAGUAUAAAAAUGGGAAUGGAACCAGUUGUGUGCAUCAGGAGUCCACAUGAUUUCGAGGCUGUUCUUGGAAGCACUACCAUCAUUGACAAGGCUCCUCUGUAUUGGCCUUUAUAUCCGUGGCUGAAUCGAGGUCUUCUUACCAGUGGAGGAAGUAAGUGGAGAAAGCACAGGAAAAUAUUGACACCAGCUUUCCACUUCAGAGUGCUGGAUAAGUUUGUCCCAGUCUUUGAGAAGAAUGCUCGUAUCCUUCUAGAAAAACUGGGAGGAAUGGUGGGAAAAGAAUUUGACAUUAUGCCUACAAUUGCUCUUUGUUCCUUGGAUAUCAUAAGUGAAACAGCCAUGGGUCUAGAAGUAAACGCUCAAAGCAAAGAAUCAAAAUAUGUCAAGGCAGUGAAUGAAUUACAAGAGAUCAUAGCACAUCGCAACUUUGAUGUUAUCCGGAGAUGUUUUCUAUUUCACUUUCUGCCGGAGGGGAGACGUCACAACAAGUUGAUCAAGUAUCUGCACAGUGUAACUGAAAAUGUCAUGAAAGAACGGAAGGCCAAACUGCAAGAAACCAGUGAAGAAAGUGGAGAUGAAACAAAUGAAGAUAUCGGGAUAAGAAAGAAAAAGGCUUUCUUGGAUUUGCUGUUGGAAUAUAACAAAGAAGGUGCCGGAAUGACAGAUGCUGAAAUAAGAGAUGAAGUUGAUACAUUCAUGUUUGAGGGUUACGACACAACAACAUCUACCUUAUCAUUUUGUCUCUAUUGUCUCUCCCAAAACCAGGACGUUCAGGAUAAAGUCGUUGAGGAAUUGAAUCAGAUAUAUGGAGGCAGUGACAGAGAAUCCACUUACCAGGACUUUCAAGAAAUGAAAUAUCUCGAGAAGGUGAUCAAAGAAACGUUAAGGCUUUAUCCGACUGUGCAGUUCAUAGCUCGAUACACAAACCAGGACUUGAACCUCAAAAGUGGCUACACAGUUCCCAAGAAUACGUCAGUUAUGUUACUGAUAGAGUCUAUGAAUCAUGACCCAGAAUUUUAUCCCGACCCGUAUAAGUUUGAUCCGGAACGGUUCGACACGAAGUCAUCUCACCCGUAUCUCUUCGUACCGUUCAGUGCCGGCCCAAGAAACUGUAUUGGUCAGAAGUAUGCAAUGUUGGAAAUAAAAUGUGUGUUGUCACUCGUGCUAAGGAAGUUCCGUCUUCUCCCCUCAGAGAUCCCAAUCACAUCGUGGUUCAACAUCGUCCUAAAAUCCAAAACCGGUAUUAACAUGCAAUUUGAACCCCGUACAGAACUUUGAGAGAUCUGGCAAACGAAUGCUCACCUUGAUUCUGCUCCAGUUUUGUUUUUUGCAGAAAGUUUUAUUGACAAUGCUUUAUCAAUACAAAUUAUCAAUACUUUUUUCAUUUAUGUUAGUUAAAUUAUAGAUACUUUUGUCUUAUGAAAAAAUCAAACUUUAUGCAGCCAGUAUCCACAAUACUUUCCAACUCUACCAUGAGUACUUAACGAAUUUAUUAAUUUUUCAUAUAAUAAUUAAUUAUUCUAGUACUUAGUUUUUAAUUUUAUGUUAUAUUUGGCAAUAUUAAAGUAAAUGAUAAUUAUGUAAUCUCUUUAAAUCAUUUUUAAUAUUAAUAGUACGAUUAGAUGAGCUGUAUUUACAUUGUGUAAUAUUCUAAGAAUAAUUACUUUUUAGCAUUAUUUUUGUAAUUCAUGUUCAGUGACUUGUGUGUUACAAUACAAUGCAAUUUUGGUACUUUA